AUGUCUGAGGGCUCCGAGAGCAAGCAGGCCCCGGACACGGUCCAGGAAGCCAAGCCCGAGCCGAUGGCCGCUGCGGCCGCGGUUCAAGGCGUGUCGUCGGUUUCUCCCCCCGUGUCCGUGGUCAGCCAGCCCCCCGUCGCGGCCGCCACGGAAGACGAGGAAGAGGAAAGCGAGGACGAGUCGGAGAUCUUGGAGGAGAGUCCGUGUGGACGCUGGCAGAAGCGCCGAGAAGAGGUGAAUCAACGAAAUGUACCCGGCAUCGAUAACGCCUACUUAGCCAUGGACACAGAGGAGGGAGUUGAGGUGGUGUGGAAUGAAGUCAUGUUCUCAGAAAGGAAAAACUUCAAGUUACAAGAGGAAAAGGUCAAGGCGGUGUUUGACAAUUUGAUCCAGUUGGAGCACUUGAACAUAGUCAAGUUCCACAAGUACUGGGCUGACGUCAAGGAGAACAGAGCCCGGGUCAUUUUCAUCACUGAGUACAUGUCUUCGGGGAGUCUCAAACAGUUUCUGAAAAAGACCAAGAAGAACCAUAAGACCAUGAAUGAAAAGGCUUGGAAGCGCUGGUGCACACAAAUACUGUCUGCUCUCAGCUACUUGCACUCGUGUGAACCUGCCAUAAUUCACGGCAACCUGACGUGCGACACAAUCUUCAUCCAGCACAACGGUCUCAUCAAGAUUGGCUCAGUGGCGCCAGACACUAUUAACAAUCAUGUAAAAACAUGUCGAGAAGAACAGAAGAGCCUUCAUUUCUUCGCUCCGGAAUACGGAGCUGUUGCCAAUGUUACCACUGCGGUGGAUAUCUAUUCCUUUGGAAUGUGCGCCUUAGAGAUGGCAGUGUUAGAAAUCCAGAGUAAUGGAGAUUCGUCAUAUGUUUCUCAAGAAGCCAUAAAUAGUGCCAUUCAGUCCCUCGAGGACCCCUUGCAACGGGAAUUCAUCCAGAAGUGUCUGGAGAUGGACCCAGACAAGCGUCCCACAGCCAGAGAGCUCCUGUUUCACCAGGCCUUGUUCGAGGUGCCCCUGCUCAAGCUUUUGGCAGCACAUUGCAUUGUCAGCCACCAGCAUAUGAUUCCAGAGAACGCGUUAGAGGAGAUGACAAAGAACAUGGACCCCAACCUGGUGAUUGUGGAGGGGAAGGAGGGUGUUCAGAUGAAGUUGUCCCAAUUUCCUGCUCUUGAGCUAGACAAAUUCUUGGAGGAUGUCAGGAAUGGCAUCUACCCUUUGACCGCCUUUGGGAUUCCGUGUCCUCAACAACCUCAGCAGGAGGCGGUCAAGUCGCCCAUUGUGCCGCCCUCCGUCAAGACCCCCACUCCGGAACCCGCGGAACUCGAGACCAGAAAGGUGCUUCAGAUGCAAUGCAACAUCGAGCCCGUGGACGAAGGCGCCAAGCAUCACCUAACUUUACUGCUCAAACUUGAGGAUAAACUCAACCGACACUUGAGCUGCGAUCUGUUACCAAAUGAGAACGUCCAAGAGUUGGCUGUGGAGCUCGUUCAACUCGGCUUCAUCAGCGAGGGCGAUCAGCCACGUCUCGCGUGCGUUCUCGAAGAGGCCUUCUCAAAGUUCUACAGCCGCAACGGUUCCCUCAACCCCGUGACGGUGUCCUCGUAG